CACGAGAGUUUACGGUAUUGUCGUGUAGCGGUGGAGUGUAGGAGGCAUGGAGUCGAUCCUGAGCUGCAGACGGGAGGAUCUGGAAGAUUAUUACGGGCUUCUCGGCUGCGAUGAACUCUCAACGACUGAACAGAUCGUGACUGAGUUUAAAGUGCGAGCUCUGGCCUGUCAUCCUGACAAACACCCAGAGAACCCCAGAGCAGUGGAGGACUUCCAGAAGCUACAGGAAGCUAAAGAUGUUCUCACAGAUGAGAAGAAAAGAAAGAGUUACGAUCUCUGGCUCAGAAGUCAGAUUGUAAUCCCGUUCAGCGAGUGGCAAGCGCUCAGUGACUCCGUUAAAACAUCAAUGCAUUGGGCUUCGAGGAGCAAGAAAGAGCCGAUGCUUGAGGCUGCAGAAGAUCCAGCGGAGGAGAAACCGUCUGAAUCCUCGCUGCCAUCCACGGAUCAUCGGUUUCGCUGGACUGGUGCAGCUCCUUCAGGCCUUUUACACAAGUUCAGGAACUAUGAAAUAUAAUGCAUAUGUUCUGUUCUAUUCUAUGCUUUUGUGUGUAAGUGCAUGUGUUCCAAAGUCAUUUACUUUUCAAUGUUUCAACAUUUAUGGCAUAAGAUUGACUUUCUCUGUUUGUUUGUUUUGUUGGAUGUUAACAUAUGUGCACGAAACCAGGAGCACAAAACCAGUUAUGCAUCAUUAAAGCAAAAAAAAAAAAAAAUCUAAAUAUUGAGAAAAUCAUCUAGAGACUUAUGACAUUUAUUGAUAUUAAUAUGCCUUAAAUGUCCUAUCAGAAUCAUUUUCCUGAAUUAUGAGUAAAACAUGUUUUCAAGCCUGCAGAUUUGCACCAGAAAUAAUUAUAAAGUUUAUUUGAAUUAAUAUGUGUCAUGAAUAAUUUAUUGAAUGGAUAUAUCACUAAUUAAAUAAUAAUAAUAAUUAAUAUAUAACCAUAAAAAUCACAUUCAAUUAAUAAAUGUAACAACAUGUAAGCCAGGAGUGUCUUAAAAAUAUCACUUUUUUAUUCAUAAUUUUAUUUUUAGAAACAAAAUGUAGAAAUGUGUUUAUGAUUUGAGUUCCUUGUGCAAUCAACAUUUUGAGGCAUAUUUAUAUAUACAUAUAUGUGUGUGUGUAAAGUAUGUGUAUCUGUGGUCACUUCCAUUCCAAGUGUUUCUAUAUCUGUGUGUGUUUGUUGUUCUUAAUUGUCAGCCAAUGUUGCAUAAAUAAAACUUUGUAUUGU